ACAAACAAAUGAUUGAUGAUUGUGAGAGAUGUUCAGUUCCAGUUGUUUCUGUUUUCUGGCAGAGAUAACAGAAGUAAUCCGUACGACAUGCUGUGCAGUGAACGUCUGGGACCAGAGGGUAGAAAGGAGAAGUUUGUCUACUUCUACAGAAAGAAAGAAGUGGAGAUAUUAGAGGCCUACCAGUGCAAAGGAAAUAAUGUUGACGGGCUCACCAGAGAGCCUCUCUUUGUCCUUCUCAAGUGUCCAAACACAGUUGUGCAGGAGCUGGUGUUGAUCCCGGUCCACACCAAACCAACGGACGCAGAGGCGGAGCUGAACGCUCUGCAUGAAGUGGUUAAAGAUGUGAGGGAAAGAUGUCACAAUGAUAACAUUAUGGUUUUGGGAGACUUUAAUGCCGCUGGAAAGUAUCUCUCCAAGAAGAAGAAGGAAACGCUCCUUAUCUCCUCGGCUCCUUAUUAUUGGCUGAUAGACGAUGAUGUCGACACCACGACUAGUAACAAUAACGACCACACCUACGACAGGAUCGUGGUUUACGGAGAGAGGAUGCUGAAGGCCAUCGUCCCCAACUCAGCCAAAGCCUACAACUUCAGGGAAGAGUUGAAGUUGACAGAAGAACAAACGCAGAGUGUCAGUGAUCACUACCCUGUGGAGGUGGAGCUGAAGCAGAAAGCUUGGUGA